CCUCUGCUUAUAAAUAGCGAAAAUCUGAAUUUGAGUUCCUAAAUAAUUUGGUGCGAUUAAAUAACAUGGAUCUGAAAACCAUGGUUUUAGUGAUCCUUAUGAUUGUAUUCGGGAUUGGGGUUGAAGGGGGUGGUGGUCUCAGGUACAACUUUUAUGAGAAUUCAUGCCCACAACUUGAAAACAUUGUUAGAGCUGGCCUACUACCAAUCUCUCUCACUGAUCCCACCUUACCUGCUUCUUUGUUGAGGCUAAUGUUCCAUGACUGCCAAGUUCAGGGCUGCGACGCUUCCAUUCUUGUUGAUCCUGUUGAGGAUCGAAACGUGACAUCAGAGAUGGCUUCAGAGAAAAACUUUGGCAUUCGAAGGAGGGAGAUAAUCAGCAUGCUGAAAACCAUGGUUGAAGCAGCCUGCCCCAAACAAGUUUCUUGUGCUGAUAUACUUGUACUGGCUGCCCGUGAGGCAGUUGCUAUAUCUGGAGGGCCACAAAUAAAGAUUCCCUUGGGACGUAGGGAUUCCUCUGUUCCUCCAAGCUAUGAACUUGCCGAUGCUUUGAUCCCUCCUGCAACUGCUGGAGUUGACAACAUGCUUCAUAUUUUUACCAGUAAAGGGAUGACCACUAAAGAAUCAGUUGCCAUUAUGGGCGCACAUACUCUAGGAGUUACACAUUGUUUAAACAUUCUGGAACGUCUGUACGACCAUGAAGGUGACAAGGAUCAAGGAAUGGAACCCAGAUUUGAAGCAUUCUUGAAGUUAUAUUGUCCUAAAGGAUCUUUAACCUCGAACUCGAGUUUUGUUCUUAAUGAUCCAACCACAUUAAUGUUCGAUAACCAAUAUUACAUGAAUGCAAUGGAAGGCCGUGGCUUACUGAGAAUUGAUGCUGAAAUGGUAAUGAAUACUCAAACGGCUCGAAUCAUGGAACGUUUUGCCACUGAUCAGGAUGCUUUCUUCCGUGCAUUUUCUACUGCCUUUGUGAAGCUUUCCACUUCAGGUGUUCUAAUUGAGGAUCAAGGAGUUAUUAGAGAGAGUUGUAACGUAAUAGAUUGAGAGGUGUUAAUUUGAGCUGCUAGCUAGAGAUCAUGGCAGUAGUUUAUAAGAAAUUUCUAUCAUCUUAUCCCAUUAUCAGCCUUUUUCACUACUUUCAACAAGCUGACCAAUUUUAGGUCAUGACCACAACAUUAAUAUUCUUUGGCUGUCUCCUAACCAAGUGUCUCAAAUCUCAAGAUUACUUGGACCCUGUGAUCUGUCUCUUAAAAUGUCUACCGUUGC